CAGUGUGCCUCACCUGCCGGAGCCUGGAGGACCGGGGACCGGCUCCGGAGGGAGGAGGCACCCACACCCUUCUGUGCUGAGGUUGUCAGCAUGGCCCAGCAGAGAGCAAUUCGGCUGUCCCUGCAGAAGCCCACCCACGCUGUCUGUGUGGUGGGUACUGAGACCGCACUUGACAUCUACCGUUCAGUCCCUCCAGGGUCUGUGACUUUUAAGGUCACUGGAAGCUCAAGAGUGCAGACCUACCUGGAGUAUGACCCUAAGAAUGUGCGUGGGCCCCCAGCUGAUGACCAUUGGCCUUUGGAUGCAGAUGUGGACGUGAUCAUCUCCAUGGAGGCUGUCAGUAAGAGUCUUGAUGAUGCUAAGGUGCAGGUUUCUUACUAUGGAAAGAAUGAAAGCAAUGCACUAGGCCAGGCCCUGCUGUAUCUUACCGGCAUUGAAGUUUCUUUGGAUGUUGACACGGGUCGUACUGGGACGAUAAAGAAGAGCAAAGUUAACAAGAAAACAUGGAGCUGGGGCCCAGGAGGCCAUGGAGCAAUCCUUUUGGUGAAUUGUGACAGAGACAGUCCCGUCCCUGGGGGAGUCGAUUACUCUCACAGCCACUUGUAUUCACUGGCAGACCUGCAGGACAUGUCUAAGAUGCUGCUCUGGACCAAUGGCCCUGAUGAGGUCUUCAACAACCACAAACUUGUCCUGCACGUAUCACUCGGUGACUCAGACAAAGUGGGUGUAUUCCAUGCCCAAGGUGGGAAUCAAAUUUCCAACUACAAGAGGGUCCUUGGACCUGACAAAUUGUCAUACAAAGUGGAUCGGGCCCCUGGGGAGCAGGAGAUCACCUUCUAUGUGGAGGGCCUUGCCUUCCCUGAUGCUGAUUUCCUUGGACUGGUCUCCUUCGACCUCACCCUGAUGGACACAGAUGAACUGCUGCUUGAAACCCCAAUUUUCACAGACACGGUGGUGUUCCGAGUGGCACCUUGGAUCAUGACCCCCAACACCCAAGCGCCCCUGGAUGUUUAUGUGUGCAGUGUUAAUGAGCGAGGAACAUCCCAGGCUGAAUUUCUGGAUGCUAUGAACUACCUGGCAUUGAAGGCUAACUGUCAUCUGAUCAUCUGUCCACCAGUGGAUAACCGAAAUGACCGCUGGAUCCAGGAUGAAAUGGAAUUUGGUUAUGUAGAAGCACCUCACAAAUCCUUUCCAGUUGUCUUUGAUUCUCCUCGAAACAGAGGGCUGAAGGAUUUUCCCUUUAAGAGAAUCCUGGGCCCUGACUUUGGUUAUGUGACCCGAGAGCCUACAUACAGCGGUGCCUCCAGCCUUGACUCCUUUGGAAACCUAGAUGUUAGCCCACCUGUCACUGUCCGGGGAAAGGAGUACCCCCUGGGCAGAAUCCUCAUUGGCAGCAGCUUCCCCAAGUCAGGUGGCCGCCGGAUGGCCAAGGUCGUCAAGAACUUCCUGUACGCCCAGAAGGUGCAGGACCCUGUGGAGCUCUAUUCUGACUGGUUAAAUGUGGGGCAUGUGGAUGAAUUCCUCAGUUUUGUUCCUGCCCCUGGACAGAAGGGUUUCAGGCUGCUCCUGGCCAGUCCAGAUGCUUGCUUCAAACUCUUUCAGGAGAAGAAAGAUGAAGGCCAUGGGACUGCUGCCCAAUUUGAAGGAUUGAAAAAAGGAAAGAACAAAAUAACCAUUGAUGAGAUGCUGAAUGACCAAAGCCUUAGGAGUGACAAUCGCUAUGCCCAGAAAUGCAUUGACUGGAACCGUGAGGUCCUGAAACGGGAGCUGGGCCUGUCAGAGCGCGACAUCAUCGACAUCCCCCAGCUCUUCAAGCUCAGCAACUCCUAUGCAGAGGCCUUCUUUCCUGACAUGGUAAACAUGAUUGUCCUGGGGACGUUCUUGGGGAUUCCCAAGCCCUUUGGACCCAUCAUUAAUGGGCGCUGCUGUCUAGAGGAGAAGGUUGAGGACUUGCUGCAUCCUCUGGGACUCAAGUGCACUUUCAUCGAUGAUUACCUCUCCUACCAUGUGUUAAUGGGCGAGAUCCAUUGUGGCACCAAUGUCCGACGGAAGCCCUUCUCUUCUAAGUGGUGGAACAUGAUUCCCUGAGCUGGCUGCCCUCCCACUGUCUUCUCCUUUCCCUCCUCCUCACAGGAGCAUCAGCAUGGGGAAGAGGAUUACCCACCUGUCUUGGAAAGAGGCCACCAACAGCAUCUGCAGCAUGGGUGCCCAGUCACCAGGCCCUAAGCAUCUCUCUAGGACAUCACUGGAAUUCUUCACUUUCUUCCUGGCGAAGGAUGACCCUACCUGGCCCAUUCAGUCUUCAAAGAAGAUGUCCCCUCAGUUCUUCUUUUUGCUUUUCUCUCCAAAUCCGAUUGGUCCUUCUCACAGAAACUUAACAAUCCUUGUACUCUAUCCCAGACCUAAAGGGACAAACUAACUAACUUAUUGUGUGUGUGUGUGUGUGUGUGUAUGUGUGUGAGAGUGUGUAUGUGUGUGUGUAUGUGUGUGUGUGUGUGUGUGUGUGUGUGCCAUGCUAGAUGGGAUCAGCUGGUGUGUUUUGAUUUUUCCAGUUCCAGGACUCAUGCGGGAUCAUGGAAUCUUAGAGCUGGAUAAGAUUCAAUGUUCCCAUUUUAUAGAAAAGAACUGAAGCCCAAUGGGGAAGUGACUCCCCAAGGUCACACCUCAAGUUAACGAUGGGAGCCACAGAUCACAGAACCAAAGACUCUCAGAGUUGGAGAAGACCUGAGAAUCCAGAAUGAAUGAAUAAGGAUUUCCCCUACGAUACACCACAGGGGUCAUCUACGGAGGCUUCUACUUGAAUUCAUCUACUGAGGGGGAGCCCACUCCCUCCUGAGGCCAGCCCACAUCUCUCUGGGAUAGCUCAUAUUCUUAGGAAGCUUUUCCCCAGCAUUGGGAGUAAAUUAUCCUUACCACUUGCUCCUCUGCAGCACAGGUCUCUUAUCUUCCAGGUUGUGGGACUAGCCUUAGCUAGAAUCCCGCAGAACUUAGUAGUGUGGGUCCGGUACUGGCCAGCCUGCUGCCUCUUCCCGAGGUGGACCCCUUCCCAAAGCAGCCCCCUAUGGAUGUCUCAGGUUCUCUUUUUGCUGCCUCAGGGCACUCUGGUUCUCACUUUACCUUUAGCCCAUCGAAUGAAUGAAGGGAAAGGUCCUACAAAAAACAAUAACAAAAAAUACUCCUUUAAUAGCUAACUCUGUUCCCAGGCAGUGAUUGCUACAAUUUAUUGGGGGGGAAACCUCUAAUUAUGGACACAGCCUGUUUCCGGCCUCAAAGUGCUGAGUGCUCUCAGCUGGUCUGGAGGAUAAAGCCCGAGUCAAGUGUGGGUCUGGGGAGCCUUGGGAAGGGAUGGCCAGGGCUAGGCUGAAGUUUCGUGUGUCCGGCUUGAGAGUAGGAGGCCUGUGUAUUCCGAAGCAGCAGCAGGAGCCCGCACAGGCUGCUUUGAGCCUUGGGGCUGCUGGGACUAUUAACUGAGUCGUCUUGGCAUGGGUUUCAGAACUUCUUGACGACAAGAAGUCAUCUCCAUUUCUCUUUCCAAAGAGAAACCCUGGGGGGGGGGGGGGGGGAGAUUUUCUUCCCCAUCUCGCAAAUGAGGGAAUUAAGCCUCAACCUGAGGAAGUGACUUGUUCAGGGUCAUACAAACAAGACGGAGCCCAGAUCCGCACCCACAUUUCCUGACUCAAAGGCCAGUUCUCUUCCCACUAAAUGAGAUCCUUCCAGAAGUGGAGGGAGGGAGACUCCAGAUAUUCAGGAAGGGGGGAAACACAUUGAGUUAUCUGAGAAGGCGGGGCUUAAUUCCUUCUAAUUGUCCUUAAUUACUCCUCUUCUUUCUGUAGGCAGUGGGAGGGGGAAGGAUCUUUCUAGGUCUCUGUUCCUCAGGGCCAGGACCCUGCAUGUAGUUCCAGGUUUCGGUCUA